ACCAGAUAACUUUCUGCCUAGUGAGAUCUUACGUGUCACGUUUAUAUCAUCUGAAUCUGUCACAGACGAUAAACACGAUGAACAAAUACAGGAAGCAAAUGGCGGAGCAGUUUCUGAGUCAGGCCCUGGGUAUCAUCUGCCUGCUGACCGGAGAGGAAUAUACCAUUGUGAAGAAGAGGCCCUCCCAUAGCAGCGUUCACAAGCUGAGCGGAGAGGUUCCUAUAAAGUGUGAUGAUGUUGCCGUGUAUUUCUCUAUGGAGGAGUGGGAUUAUAUAGAGGGACACAAAGAGCUUUACAAGGACUCUAUGAUGGAGAAGACACUAAGGACUAUUGAUAUCUCAGGAAACAAGAGCUCAGGUCUUAGUGAUGACAAUCUAGACGCGGCAGCACACGCAGAACUUGUACAGAAUAUUCAGCCAGUGGAGACCCCAUCAGACGUCUCUGCAGGUGAUAUUAAUGCUGAUGUAGCCGAUCAAACAGAAGUUCCGAGUGUAACGUGUCGGCUUGAAGCUGCGGAGCAGGAAUUGUGUGACAGCGGUAGUGCAGAUCACAGUGAUGAUAAUAAUCUAGUUACAGAGAUAAUCUGUGAGGAACGAGAGGAAGAGAGACUUAUGAAGACGAUAACACAAGCUGAGACUGAUUCAUGUCUGUGCGCAGGUGAAAAUAGUGCUACAAUGUCACGUAACACACAACAUACAGAAGAUCAGUGGCUCAAAAAUAUGCCAGAAGCUGCAGGGCAGGAAAUAUGUGACAAUAUUGGUACAGGUGAUGUUAAGACUAAAGUUACACUUAAUGCUGAGCAAACAAAUGAUCUGUAUGUAAAUAGACUGGAAGUUGUGAAGCAGGAAAUCUGUGACACUAUCAGUACAGAUAUAGCCAUGAGCUCAAAUAUUCCUAGUCAUUUCCAGAGUGCAGGUGCUUCUUUCAGUUUCAUUGAAGAUCAGCAAAGCUACAUGGGAAAUACAUUAUUUCCAUGUUCUGUAUGUGGGAAAUGUUUUACCCAGAAAUCGCAUCUUGUUGCUCAUCAGAAAAUUCAUACAGGACAGAAAGUAUUUUCAUGUUCUAUAUGUGGGAAAUGUUUUAACCAGAAACCAAAUCUCAUUACUCAUCGGAAAAUACAUAUAGAUGAGAAAGCAUUUUCAUGCUCUGAAUGUGGGAAAUGCUUUGCCUGGAAGUCAAGUCUUACUUAUCAUAAAAAAGUCCAUACAGGAGAGAAGCCAUUUUGCUGCUCUAUAUGUGGGAAAUGUUUUUACUGGCAAUCACAUCUUAUUACCCAUCAGAAAAUACAUUUAAGUGAGAAAGAAUUUUCAUGUUCAAAAUGUGGUAGAUGUUUUAUUGAGAGAUCAAGUCUUAUUUCUCAUAUGAAAAUUCAUACAGGAGAGAAAACGUUUUCCUGUUUAGAGUGCGGGAAAUGUUUUUACCGUAAAUCAAGUCUUGUUUUUCAUCGUAAACUUCAUACAGUAGAGAAACCAUUUUCCACUGGUGUUUAGAACUACAUAUAUAUCAAAGGACUUAUAGAAAAAACAAAAUUUAUGCUUACCUGAUAAAUUUCUUUCUUUUGCGAUGUACUGAGUCCACGGAUUCAUCCUUACUUGUGGGAUAUUAUCCUUCCUAACAGG